AUGGUCUACUUCCUCAGACACUUCCUUCCUUGGUUCCGCGAGAACUUCCUGGGGCCAGGCCACGCUGAAGGGCUUCCCGCUACCGGGCCAUCGAUGAAACAGACCCGCCUCCCUGAAAAUGACACGAAGUCGUUGAUGGGCGGGGCCCCGGGGUUCGCCCCACUCCUAACCUCGCUUGUCCUCGUGCGCCUUUCAGAGAUCGGGGCCGCGCUGUUACCCUCGGAGUGGCCACAUCCGCUGUCGUAUGCUGAGGUGCCCAUAACCUCUGGCCUGCACUCGGCUGCCCUCAUGCAUCCCGCGCUCCACCCACAGUUGCCGCCGCACCAUUUCUACUAUCCGGCAAGCACGGCGCAGGCGAAUACUCAGCCGACUGCUUCUGUUUCGCAGGCUCCGGCCACUAGCACGGCCAACAACCUCAGCUCGAUCUCCGCCAACCCCAGCAACAACUUCUGGCCCGCCCAGCCUGACUCGAACAAGAUCAACUCUGCCUCUAGCCAACAACAGGCAGCAUUAAUAGCUGCUGCGGCAAUGGAGAACUAUCAGGCCCAGCUGGUACGGUUCGCGUGUUUACAAGCCCAGGCGGCCGCUGGAACCAAUCCUGGAGUUACAUCGCUCUCACCCAACUUAACUUCGCUGUCCGGGGUGCAGCAGGACGAUACGCCCAACAGAUUCGUUAGGUAAAUUCCCCCAGAAGCAACAACCAAGCACGAAAGCAUGAAGAUGAACAUCCAGGACGCGAGAAGAUAACAAGAUCAAUAAAAGUCGACUCCAGCUCUUCUUGCGCGCAUCCCCAAGACCCUAGAAUCUCGAAGAUGGAAGCGAGGAAAAAUGCGGACAAACAGAGAGGAAUAUAGUCUAAUCGAAAUUCUAGCUAUCCCCAUUCAACGGCGAUGAAGAACAGGGGGAGACAGAACGAUAAACGAAAAGAUAAAGGAAAUGAAAGGGAUGGAAAAUUCAGCAACUUGAAAAACAACGUAAUAAUUAAUUUUCUGCUGAUAAUAGCAGAAUAUAUGUUCAGUAUAAUAAUAAUAAUAAUCAUAGUAUGGUAUAGAUCCAACGCCUCAAAGAGUGACGGAGGGGGGUUCUAUCCAAGCGAUUCCUGUGCCUACAGACCAGCUAAUCGAUAAGCUCAUCCGAUUCAUCAACGAUAUUCGUAUCCUAAUAGUACUGAUGCUACAAAUCAAGUACGUUGCCGGCAACGCUAAUAGGAACAUGACCUAACGGAAAGAUGUAUGCGCAAGAAGAGACGAGUUCGAAACAGCAGCGGGGAACUGUCACCGGUAAGGAAGGCAUGAUACAACCGUGAGUUGAGCCAAUUGAUUGUCGCCCCAGCAGCUGGUUAGGUUAAAGAGCCGAAAUGGUGAAGAGAUGAGGGAGCAAUAUGAAUGGCAGCUGUCCCCGUGAGUGAGCUUGUGCAGAUGUCCGCAGAUGGAUCAUGACCUUGAACAAUAAUAAUGAUAAUAGUAAUAAUAGAUGCAAUUCUAUUGCUCUUUCCGAUCUUCGAAAUAGGUGCGCUGAAGAGCAAUCUUCGUCCAAGAGAUGGUUAGCUCUAAGUGGUUGUCAUCGAUAGAAACGAUGUUUGUAGGAGGCUCGAAAGGUGGCACCCAUUUUUUAGCAUUCUUGGAUUAGCAUUUCGAGAAGUUGUAGGUCAAUAUUCGUAUUCCGAUUAUUAUUACCACUACUAUUACUAUAUUACUGAUGAUUAUCACGAUAAGAUAGUGACGGUUGAACAGUGACAAUAAUUGUUGGUCGGGCUAGAAGCAGGCUCGAUCUCGUGAUGACCCCGAAGCCGAUUAUUCACCAUAAAUAAAAAAGGAAGCUAUAAUAUUAUAGAUGAAUUCAGGCAUGCGCUAGCCCCUAUAUGUAGACAACAAUGAAAAAGAUAUUGCGGAAACGAUUGGAUUGAUCGCGUAAUCGAUUGAACGCAUCGGCGAUGCUGAGGGACGUAGACAAAAAAACCGUCUGCAAAAACCGACAGGAAACGGUAACAAAAUGAAGGACAAACAACCUGAGCCCGAUUUAUACAAACGGAUCUACGUGAAUGAUCUGAGGAGCAACUUCACAUCGUAACCCGCCACAGCUAUACGUGUACUUAAGCCGAGCAACGCAAAGAAGCGCCACUUCACCGUGUGCGGAUGCGCGAUCGCUCGACGGAACGUCGCAUUUUCCGCGUCGAAGCGGGACGUUUACUGAGGAUUAUUACGGCAAAUAUUUCAACGCGAUUUCUGAUGUCGUCGGACAUGAUUCCCCCUGUCAGCGUGUCGCGUCAACGGUUUACGGCAAUUGGUCGCUCGGCCCCUCAGCCCGUCAGUCGAGCGCCAACGUACAGCCAGAUUAAUACUAACAAAGCAUUAGAUAUGCAUCGAUGAUAGGUUUCAUAUGGCGUAUAAUAACAGUCGUUAACGAAAAAAAGUUUUACCUAGUGUAAUUAUUACUAUUAUGGAAAACAGCAUAGGUGGAAGCCACAACGUCGGCAAAAGCCGGAGUGCAGCAGCCCCCUCCCCCGGCCCCCCAACAGCAAAGACAAAUGAUAAGUCAAACUGGUCUGAUUCGUCAUUAGAGCUGUAUUGUAACUGAAAAUACAUUGUGAAAAGCAAGAACGUUAAAUUCGCCCGUCAGCAGAUGAUUUGCGAGAACGGGCCACGAACGAAAGAAUCACCCCCGAAUCUUUACGUUGUUGAGUGCCUCUGGCGAUGCGUCUCAGGUCAGGCCCGAGCAAUCCUAUUGGACGGACACAUUAUUUACUAUUUAUCAUGGCAGAAAGGUGUUUAUUUUGACAUAUACAUAUCUAGUAUAAUCUUUGUUGCAAUUACAAUUACUCUAUGACUGCUAUGCUAGCCGGCCGACGAUGAGAAGCUCCCGCUCGACGGUCAGCGUUGACGGCGCGAAGGAGUGUGGCACGUAAUCACGACGUGCGGAAACGCUCUUUCUACGUUAGUGAUGCUAUGACGCCAGCUGUUGGCAAUAAUUUAACCAUUUGAUGACCGUGACAACCAUGAUAUGCGCAUGAGUUGACGAAGUUCAUGGGGAGCUAUCAGUAACUCCUACACAGAUUAUUGUGUAAUAAUACGCUAUAAUAACGUAAUGUGAAUCAAUCUAUACAAAAAGGUAGACGAAGCAAAAGCAAGCGGUAGAGCUGGUGACUUUAUGUCCCGAAACGCGGGGACCAAACUGACAACCCCAACGCGCGCGAGCAUCUUCGGAGUAAACGUAAUCGAAACAGUUUCGUAGGCGAGACAUUUUGUGGCGACAAAAACAAUCUAAGAAAACUAUUUGGUGUGCGUAAGAACCCCACGAACGAGGCGCCCCCAGUUUCGUGUUUAUACGUUUGAAAUUAUUGUUCCUGGGGGAUAUUUUCCUGGUCUGUAAGCUGCCAUAUAGUCCACGUCAGUUUGUUAUCGAGAAUAGGAAGCCUGCGCUGACUGGCCUGUAGUUCCUUACAAGCUGUUACGCGUAGCAGGUUGUUCGGUCUGGCUAGUGCUUAGCCGCGUUAAUAAAGCAGCCCACCUCUGCGGUCCACAAAUUGCCCACGUUUCGCCCGUUUCGAUAGCGUUCUCUAGGAAAAAAAGACAUAUCAACAGACCGAUAAUAUAUACAUAGUGGGGUACUGACAAUGGUGAUUGAGUAUGAUUCAAUGAUUUGUUACCAUUACUAUUAUUAACUAAUACUACCACACGAUAUAUUGACUAUUGCGAGAGUUCUUGAGGACCAAAUAAUAGAAUUGGCGGUUUUCCACGUGUGCGUCGGAAACAACCCUAAAGAAACCUGUACAUAUCACUAAUAAUAAUUAAUUAUGAUAUUAAAAUGGAAGGACGAUGCGAUGUGUGGCGCGAAAUUUUCAAUCGACCGACGCUUUUCGGGGGGCUUGGUUGAUGGAUAAUAGCGACGGAGAGAAGCUGGACCAGUGAAUGGCGUCCCGGCCCAACAUGAGCGGAGAAGCGGAUAGGUCCACGCGUGGGCCGUGGACCCAAUAGAAUAAUGAGGCUUACUCACCACACAAUAAAAUGGGAGUUGCGAUGGCGACUGGUGGCAAUGGCACUGCGACAGUUGCGAACUCUAGAUCGUAAAGCCGGCCUAAAGGAUAGGUCUGGGCUCAAUAGACCUGCGAAUCAAUGUUCAACGCAGUAUUCUCUAAUCCUAGUGAAUCACUAAUCGGUAACAGUUAAACGGAACAGAUAAUGUGAUAUUAUUAACGCUCGCGCAUCCGAUAUGAGCAUCAAUCAAUCAAGCUACUGGCUAGGUACGAAAUCGGUUCGGCUAGGAGGACGAGCGACGUAACUGAAAACGUUUUGUGAACGUUUUAUCAUUCCUGAUCGACGUUCGGUCGAUUGAUUUGGCGACGCUUAAUAAUUCUGACCUGUAUUUUCUUAAUUAUUUUCGUAUCGCACUCUAAAAUAGAUCUGCAGCUGUUCUGCGCUAUCCGCAGUGGCUACCGCUAAGAAUUGCCCACUCUGUGAUAUAGCAAAAUGGAAAAAUACGCAAAUAAUUACUCUGGAUAACAGAACAUACCGCUACUAGUAUUAGAUAAUAAUAAUAACGAUACCAAGACAAAACACUAACGUCGACUAUUGAUGAUGACGAUCAAAUGGCUUCAAGCGUAACGUAAAACACAAUAUGUUUUUCACGGACAACAAAGGUCCUAUUCUCACUUUGUCAGUUCCACUUGAACGCGGCAAUUUAGUCAGCCUAGCGUCGCUUCACCUGACACACCAGUCAGGCUAACGGGAAAAACAAUGAUGGCCUAUUCGAGGACACUGGUACGAAUGCUGAUUUAAUCUAUAUGAGCGAAGGGUGGAAAUGGAGAGGAGAGGUGGAGUCGUCGUAAACUGACCACGAGAUCCGCUUUGGGGGAUCUCCUUUUAAAAUAAAAUUAUUGUUAAUACUAUGACGAAUUAUAUAAGUAUUGAUAUUGCUAUGUGAGUAAAAAAAUGAUCAUAUUAUAAGACUAUACACAUUAUAUAUAUAUAUAAAUGCUUAUAUACGCUAUUUAUGUAAUAGUAUUCUAUGUAUCAAUCUCUAUAUCAUGGCCCGUCAGAUAAAUACAAACAGCAACAACAAUAAGCAUAUCAUCAUCAUAGAAGAAUACACAUAUAUUUACCUUUGAUAAUCAAUGUCGCUGUCUGUACGAUAGAGGAACAAGAUGCUGAUGUGACGCUACCGUACGAAAUGAAAAAACCUUCAAGAGAAAAGUAGUUUAGGCGGAAAACAAAGCCAGCCAAAAAUAUAUGUGAGCGUGUGUUUGGCUGGAAAAAGCGGUCAGCAGUCUCUCUCAAAAAACUCGAGAAAAGCAGUGAGUGCGCUGUUCUAUGAAGUCUUGAAGCGCGUCAUCGCCUGCAGACAUGUGUUCGUCCUGAAAUUGUACAAGUCACGCAACUCGUCUAUUCAUUUAUGCCGAAUAAGAAACGCCCGUAGUCACUCUGGAGAGAAGCUCUACACGCGAUGGGUACGUGUUCUCGGGUGGAACACACAAACCGAAUUCGACCAACGAUUCCCCUUCGGCGGCCUUGUGGCUAGUGGCUAUAACGCAGAGUCCGUCUCUAGUGAAAAUUAAAUGUUAGUAGGCCCAGAGGAGCGAAUAGCGAUAGCGGAAGGCGAACUUCCCAUUAUGAACAGUGGUGAUCGUGUAACCCUAUCAUUCAGAGACAUUCUAAACAAAAAAAAAACAAAAAUGGUCGCUCAUCAACGAUUCAAUGCAACUACGAAGUGACGUACCCGAAAUGUUAUUAUAGCUCCCCUUAUUUAUAGUAGUCGUCAUCGGAAUUGGAUAUGUAUGAUGGUCGACUGCCCGUACGGUCGUUAGUCUAACUGAAGUACAUGAGGUGGAAAACUCAUGGAAGAAAUAUCGAAACGUAUGACUGGAUGUCUGAGUGGCUGUAAUCCAGACGACUGUGUAUGUUCGACGAGCGGUCCUGGACGUGGGUGGAAUCAGGGUUACCGUUUGACUUGGGGUCUCGGGCUCGUCGUAUCGAAAACAAAUCGCAAUUGGUCAGCGAGCAUUUUUGGGUCAUUCCUAACAACAAUUGGUGCGGGUGGAUGGUACUACAUUUCUUCUAUUCGUAUCUAGUCGCUGGCCUGUUAAGUGGCUAGAGUUUGUUUGUCAAAUUGUGGGCGUUAUGCAUUAAGCGUAGGUAAUAAUUAUUGGCUCUCGAAACGCUUUGGUCAAGAGGUGACAGGCCGCUAUUUCGAGCGAACGGAGCCACGAGUUCCAACCAAAUGUUUCGAUGGCGUGAUUUGUCGAGUGACUGAAUGAUAAAUGGGUAAUUAGUGUAGCAACGGAAAGAUUUCGCGCGUGUGUGUUUGUGUGUGUGUGUGUGUGUGUGUGUGUGUGUGUGUGUGUGUGUGUGUGUGUAUGAGUGCGUGACGACUGUCCCGGCAUUCAAAUGAAUUGAACACAAACAAUCCGUUUUACUGAGUCCCGAACUGCGAAAAGUGCUUUCCUGUAAAACAGGUCCUGUAAACCACUGACACAGUUGAAAUAAACGUUGUAUCUAGAACAAAUGACCCAUUGCGUAUACCAGGUCGCUGUUUUAACUCUGACCUAAAAAAAUUUUCAUUUAUUCACAAAGCGAGGCCACGAUUUGACAGGACUUCAGAGGAUCAUCUAAGCGACAUAAAGGGGAACGUGGACAGGUAAUGGGCGUCAAAAAUAAGUUCAAACGCAAAAUAUUCCACAAUAACGUUAAUUAUAUCAUAGAAUAUUAUAGCGGUGUACUUAAUUCGACCGCUAGAUGUCGUUUUGAGCCUUGUUUGCUAUUGCAUGCAAGAUAUACAUCAACGUUAGCGGUAUUAGCUAACGCUAAUCGGAUAAAAUAGUGCAAGGAACAUCGUUGCGGCCAGGCAAAAACAACGGCGGCCUUGUGAGCAUGCCUUACAGACAGUUGUCACCCACCUAAAAACAGUGGGAAUAAUCUCGUGACACGUUCUAGUGUCUUGUAGAGCACUAUGCAAUGCUACGAGGGGUUACAUCGGACCGCUGCGUCUUCGAUCUCACAAAUAGCGGAAUGGUCAUCAACGUGAGUGGCAAUCGUGGUCUCAAUAGGGCAAACGCCCGCUGAGCGAAACCCGUUUUUCGCGCGAGAGGCCUGUUCUUCCAACCGGAUAGCGCAUACGCAAUCGAGGGUCUUCUCCGGGGGUGAGUUGUAAUCGGUACACACGCAAUCUUGUCGGAUUUUUUUCCAAUGCUACUAAUCCCAUCGACUAGCCUGCUGACAGCUGACGUUCGGCAGCGGACCCAUCACACCAGACGAUCACUGUGUAUCUGCUGGAACGGUGAUAGAUAGUAAUCAUGUCGCUAUAUGGUCAAACAAUAAUCAUAAUAAUACGAAACGAUACGAGGAAGUGGUGGCACACGACGAUAACAAAAAACAAUUAAUAAUAAUAAACAAAUACCACUUAUGGUAAUAAUUUAAUAGUCGUUCUUGCAAGCUGUUUAACCGAUAACAAUAACUAACAGUGAUAUCGAUAAAAUGGGUUAUACUAAUUAUAUGGAUCGCAUUGAUAAGAUGGAGGAUAAUGAGAGAUUAUUCCUGAGAGAGGAAUGAGAGCAAAUAAUAACAAGCAUUAAUUAGUAACAAUAAUAAUAACAGUAGUAAUAGUUACGAUAACUGUGACAAUGACAACCGUCUUUGAGCGUCAUUCGCGUCUUAUUCUAAUAUAAUUAAUAGAUACAAGAUGAAGUGAAUGCUGAUGACGAUAAUCAUUAAUCAUAAUGGACCCAACGCCCAGCGCUAUCUCGGUUCUGUAAACCCAUUUUCCUCCGUUCGUUGCACAGCGCCGAGCUGAGAUACGCGUAUGGAGCGCAGCUGUGUGUAGCUGGUAGUGUGAUAAGUGAUGACCACGAAGGUUGAUAGUAAUAAUAGCAAUGAUGAUAAUGAAAUGAUUAUAAUUAUUAUUGAUAAUGAGAUAAUAACUAUGGUGGAUAAUAAUGAGACAAAGAAAACGAUGAUAUUAAUAACUAUAACAACAAUGAGGAGAUACCGCGAAGAAUAAGCUGCUGGUUGAAAUAGAGAGAAAGCACAAGGCAAGGCAGGAAGACAAUAAAACAGGACAACCGAAUGCGAAAUAAAUUGACGGCCAGCUAGGAAGAACGGACGUAAAAUAG